UACUUCCAGCACAUUUUCGUCUCAGAUGGUCUUGUAACUUUAAUGCCAUUAUCUAUGAAGGGCAGGUGUGUUUAGUACGCCUAAUUUCAGCCCAAAACCCAAAGGGGUUUUGGGCUGAGGGUCAGGCAGACGGAGGCAGCCUCGAGGUCUUGGAGUCCUCACUGACGUCAUCAGCCUGCUCUCUGGCUCCAUGGUGGGGAAAACGUGGACAGUUUCAGCGAGUUGUGGAUCUAAAACCAGCUGGAUUUCAGAUCUUACCGGGUGAGAUACACAGAGCUGUACAUUUGAGGAGAAUGGAGUACAUACAGACUCCUGCCACAAGUAGCCAGGGGAACAUCCUGUGCUGUACCUGUGGCACCCCUAUCCCCCCAAACCCAGCCAACAUGUGUGUGGCCUGCCUGCGCACCCAGGUCGACAUCUCAGAGGGGAUCCCCAAGCAGGUCUCGGUGCACUUCUGCAAGCAGUGUGAGAGGUACUUACAGCCUCCAGCCACGUGGGUGCAGUGCGCUCUGGAGUCCAGGGAGCUGCUUGCUCUUUGCCUGAAAAAACUCAAGGCCUCGAUGACCAAAGUACGUCUAAUUGAUGCUGGCUUCCUGUGGACAGAGCCGCACUCCAAGAGGAUUAAGAUGAAGCUGACCAUACAGAAGGAGGUGAUGAAUGGCGCGAUCCUGCAGCAGGUGUUUGUGGUGGAGUUUGUCAUCCAGUCCCAGAUGUGUGACGACUGCCACCGUGUGGAAGCCAAGGACUUCUGGAAGGCUGUGGUGCAAGUCAGGCAGAAGACUGUUCAUAAAAAGACAUUCUACUAUCUAGAGCAGCUGAUCCUCAAGCACAAACUGCACCAGAACGCCCUCAACAUCAAGGAGAUCCAUGACGGGAUUGAUUUUUACUAUGGCUCCAAGCAGCAUGCUCAGAAGAUGGUCGACUUCCUCCAGUGCACCGUGCCCUGCAGGUCAAAGACAUCCCAGCGCCUCAUCUCCCAUGACAUCCACUCAAACACGUACAACUACAAGAGCACCUUCUCUAUGGAGAUUGUACCUGUCUGCAAGGACAAUGUCGUAUGCCUUUCACCUCGUUUGGCCCAAAGCCUGGGGAACAUGGGUCAAGUGUGUGUGUGUAUCCGUGUCACCAGCACCAUCCACCUCAUCGACCCUAAUACCCUGCAGAUUGCUGAGGUGGAUGGGAACACAUACUGGCGCAAUCCUUUCAACAGUCUCUGUAACCCACGGCAACUGGAGGAGUUUAUUGUCAUGGAUAUUGACAUCAUACGAGACCAGAAGCUGGGUGCUGGGGCCGGCCUGAGGUCCAAUAAGCACACCCUGGCUGAGGUGUGGGUUCAGAAAACCUCAGAGAUGGAUACCAGUCAGCAGUACCACUGCCGUACAUUCCUGGGCCACCUGCUUAACAUCGGAGACCUGGUGCAGGGCUUUGACUUCGCCAAUUCCAACAUCAAUGAUGAGCAUCUGAAUAAGAUGAAUCCUCACCAUGUUCCUGAUGUGGUGCUGAUCAAGAAGUGUUAUGACCGCAACAAGAGGGUGAAGCGCAGGAACUGGAAACUGAAGGAGAUGGAGAGAGACAGACAGAGCAUGGACACUGAUGAUGAGAGACAAUACCAGGACUUCCUGGAGGACUUAGAGGAGGAUGAAGCUCUGAGGAAGAACAUUAACAUCUAUAGAGAUUCCUCAAAGAUCCCGGUGGAGAGUGACACGGAUGAUGAGGGAGCACCGCGCAUUUCCCUCAUGGAGAUGCUGGAGGACCUCAGCCUGACAGAUGCCACAGGAGGAGAGGGUGCAGACAUGAUGACAGACUAGCCAGUCGCAAUCCUCUUUGCAUAACGUUAACAGCUAAUCUGUCAAAUGCAGGUCCCACUGAUGUCAUUAUAAUGACUGAUCAGUCCAGACAGAGUCGGAUCCUACAUUUGUGAACAAACAGGAGAUCAAAGACUUACUGAGCUAUUGUCAUAUGGAAUUUAAUAUUGCACAAAUCACAGCUCCUCUAACUGGGAUGUAGUGGCUAGUUCCAGUUAUAACCUAAAAGGUAUGUGUUUUAACAUUACCGCCCCUGAUAUCCUGUGCUUACAGUAACAAAUAAGUUUCCAUUGAGAAACAGCAUUUUCAGUUGUGCCUGCUGGUUACUAACCCAGUACACCCAGUCUUUAUGCAGAUUUUAUUCUCCAAACUGGGAGUGCAGUUAUGUUUUUCAACCAUCUCUUCAGAAAUACUGUUCCCCUUCCCCGUGUGAUUAGAAAUUGGAGGUUUUGAGGUUAUUUGGAAUUGGAGUGCUAUGUAAGUUCACUACACAAAAAUAAAUUUACCCUAAUGUAACCCCUC